UUUGGUUGGUUUGUAUCUGGGUAGAUUUUGCUUAGCUCAAUUUGCUGGUCUGUGUUUCCGCCGUCGGAAGCUGGAAAUGUCUCAGGCGGCUUUGGUGUUGGGCACUGCGACCACCGGCAGCGUCUUUGCCACAUGUGUGGCGCGUGGGAGGAAGGCCAAGCACAAGGCUCCUCCGACCAAGGGAAACGAUGCGCGGCUCAGUGUCAACGUAGGCUUUGGGACAGACCGAAAGGAUCCAUUGUGGCGGUGCGCACAGGGAUGCGGCGCUUGCUGCAAGCUUCAAAAAGGCCCCUCCUUCGCCUCACCCGAAGAGAUCUUCCAUGACCCUUCUGAUAUUCAGCUUUAUAGGAGCAUGAUAGGUCCGGAUGGAUGGUGCAUACACUUCGAGAAAACUACUCGUACAUGCUCCAUUUACUCUGAACGUCCAUAUUUUUGCCGUGUAGAACCACAAAUAUUCCGAGAGUUAUAUGGGAUUGAUGAUAAGAAAUUUAACAAGGAGGCUUGCAGCUGCUGUAGGGAUACCAUUAAAGCAAUUUACGGUGCUCAUUCAGAAGAGCUGGAUAAUUUCCAUCGUACUAUAAAGAACCAGGACUGUUCUUAGAUUGUUGAAGUGAGCUAUAUGGUAUAUCCUGCACAUCAGCAUGGAAACACUGGAAACAUCUUUGAGCCUUCUUUUGCCAGACAAUUUUCUUACUAAUAGGUAAUUGCCCUGGU